GGAGUCUGAAGCCGCAACUGCGAACCUUCUCCCUUGCGAGUUCCGAGCCCCCAAUCGCUCCUAAAUUCUCACUAAUUCUCAGCUCCCUUUCUCCGGUUUCCCCUCGCCACCGAUCUCUCUCUCUCGAAUCUUACUCGCCUGCUCCCACUCCUAGGUUCGUUCACGAUUCGAUUUUGAUAUGGGGCUGUACUACGGAGCUAAAGAGGUCCUAAAGAUUCAAAAGUUUCGAAGACUUGUGUCCUAUACUGGAUUCUAUCUCUUCGUUUCCGUUUUGAGUUACGCUUAUACAAGCAAUACAACUAGAGCUGGGUAUUCUCGAGGGGAUCAAUUUUAUGCUUCUUACCCUGCUGGUACAGAGCUCUUGACAGACACUACGAAGUUGUACAAAGCUGCUCUUGGGAAUUGUUUUGAAAUAGAAGAAUGGGGUCCAAUUGAAUUCUGCGUCAUGGCUAAACAUUUUGAACGUCAAGGAAAAUCGCCUUAUGCAUAUCAUUCUCAAUACAUGGCACAUCUUCUGUCUCAUGGACAACUUGAUGGAAGUGGGUAGGAAAACACCAAUCAACAACCAAAGAGCUUUGAGACUUUUUACUACCAUGAUGGGGCUGCGCACUUCAAUACUAAAAUUCUAAUUUUUUUGAAAUUGAAGCAUUGUUGUAGGUUUGAGCAUAGAUAGCUCAAUUGAUCAUGAUUACACGAAUAACUUCACUUAUGGGUCUUAGGUUCGAAUCAUCGCCCCUUUGUUUGAUUUGUAUUAUUCUUUGAAUAUAUAUGGAUCGGCUGCUAGGCAUUGUAUGUUACUAAUUAUACGAGAACAUAAAUAAGACUUGAUCUUCCCCUCUUC